CACUUACUUCUAGGGGUAUUCUCCGCAGCAUCGCUUUCCAAUGCGGCUCAAGCUGCCCCCAGCUCACUACCUGGUGUAAGACCGGUGGAACGCAUCAGGAAUAUAGGUAUUUCUGCUCAUAUUGAUUCUGGUAAAACCACAUUAACAGAAAGGAUUUUGUUCUAUGCCGGAAGAAUCGACUCCAUGCAUGAGGUCCGCGGUAAAGAUGAAGUUGGUGCUACCAUGGAUUUUAUGGAGUUGGAAAGGCAACGCGGUAUCACUAUUCAAUCAGCUGCUACUUAUGUGGAUUGGCAUGGAACAAACAUCAAUAUCAUCGAUACUCCUGGUCAUGUUGACUUUACCGUCGAGGUGGAACGUGCCUUGCGUGUUCUUGAUGGAGCGGUACUUGUCCUCUGUGGUGUGGGUGGCGUACAGUCCCAGACGUUCACAGUCAAUAGGCAACUGAAAUACAGAUAUCAUGUGCCUUUCAUCUGCUUCGUAAAUAAACUGGAUCGCACUGGGGCAACACCUCUUCGUGCUCUGGAGGGUCUACGCAAUAAAUUGAAGCACAACGCUGCUCUCAUACAUCUCCCUAUUGGGAAGGAUUCUGGUUUCCGAGGAGUUGUGGAUUUAAUAGAGGAGCGAGCUUUGUAUUAUGAAGGUGACGAAGGACUAACCGUUAGAGUAGAUGAUAUUCCUGAAGACAUGCGAGCACAAGUGAAGGACUACAGACAGGAAAUGAUAGAGCAUUUGGCGAAUGGAGAUGACCAAAUUGGAGAAUUGUUCUUGAAUGACCAAAAUCCUAGCGUGGACCAGAUUCACGCAGGAAUCCGACGAUCUGUAAUUAAGAGAACUUUCCUUCCAGUCCUAAGUGGGUCGGCUUUGAAAAACAAAGGUGUUCAAACAAUGAUUGACUCUGUCGUACGAUAUCUUCCUGACCCAAGCGAAGUAGUGAAUCGAGCAGCCGUCAAGGAAGGAAGUGAAGAGAAGUCGAUCAUUCUGUCUCCUGUAAGAAGUAAUGAGAAGCCUUUCGUUGGGUUGGCGUUCAAGCUUGAGGCUGGAAAAUAUGGUCAGCUGACCUAUUUCCGUGUGUAUCAAGGUCAACUCAAUAAGGGUGAUACUAUUUUUGCUUCUAAAGAUGGACGUCGAGUUCGAGUGCAGCGUUUAGUUCGGAUGCAUGCUGCCGAAAUGGAGGAGAUCGAUACGGCUUAUGCUGGUGACAUUUGUGCUACGUUUGGGCUAGAUUGCCAUUCAGGAGAGACAUUCAGUAGCGAUCAAAAUGUUCAGCCACACUUGGAAUCUAUGCACAUACCGGAGCCAGUCAUAUCCAUGUCUAUCAAACCAGUCAACAGAAAGGACGGAGAUAAUUUUAUCAAGGCUCUCACUCGCUUCACCAAGGAAGAUCCUACAUUCCGUAGAGAGUACAACGCAGAAGCGAAGGAAACCAUUGUUUCCGGCAUGGGAGAGCUCCACUUGGAAAUUUACGCACAACGGAUGAAAAACGAGUUCAAUUGUCCAGUCGAAUUGGGAAAACCAACGGUGGCCUAUCGAGAAUGUCUGGCCAAGCCAUAUAAGUUCCACUAUCGACACAAAAAACAAACAGGUGGUCAAGGUCAAUUUGGUGAAAUUGAAGGGAUUAUCGAACCACUUCCUGCUGAUAGUAUGUUGUGGAGCUUGGCUGACUGGUCUUAUUGGGUUGAUAAUGGUUUGGACAUGAUUGUCGCGGAAGGGCCUCUGAUCAAAGCCCCUGUUGCGGGCAUCAACGUUCGCAUCCAAGAUGGAGCAACGCACGCAGUAGAUUCCACUGAAAUCGCUAUGAUCAAUACGAUGCAAAAUAUGAUGCGUGAAGCCUUCGAAAAAGCUGAGUGGAUGCUUCUUGAGCCCAUUAUGACUGUUGAAGUUACAACUCCAUCAGAAUUUCAGGGUAAUGUGGUAACAUCUCUAACACAAAGGAAUGCUCUGAUCACUUCCACGAGUUCAACAGAAGGGUAUACCACGAUAGUUUGUGAAUGCCCGUUAUCUGAUAUGUUUGGAUACACUUCCAUGCUACGUUCGUUAACAGAGGGAAAGGGCGAGUUCACAAUGGAAUACGCAAAGUAUGCCCCAACAGCUCAAGAUGCUCAGGAUGAUGUAAUCCGUGAAUGGCAAAUUCUGCAUGGUCUCAUAGAUCCUAAUGCUGAGAAGGGUAAAAAGAAAAGGAGGUAA